AUGCGAGUGGUUGAGAUCAUGAUGAAGGGCGUCGACCUAACCGGCAUCGAACCAGAGAGCCCCCUUUUCGCACGAAAGUUUUGCCCGGCUUCAACCACGGAGCCGGUGUUGGAAAAGGCGGCGGUAUGGAGGCGGCGCAGACUCAUGGGAAGUAGCAAGGAGGAUGCGGCGCUGGAUUCAAAGAGGCUGCAAGAGAUUUCAAGGGAGGAGGUCAGCAGUGGCUUCCUCAAGGGCCCCUUUGAUUAUGAUUCUGUGGCUCCGCAGGUUGGGUCGGGAGACUGGUCGAUGAGCAGGCGUUUCUUGCUCAGGCAAGGCGAGGAGGGAAAAGAGCGAGUCAUCGACGACCUCAAAGAGUCUUGUGUCAAUGCCUGUUAUGCCAGCGUGUCAAAACUGGAUUUGCAUGAUGUCGAUUUCGUCUCUGCGUUGUUCCUCUUCGUGGCAAAGCUCCUGCAGUCGGGUCCCGUGCUGAGAGUUUGUCUGGCAUCGGGACAAGAGUUGGUCGGGCACGUGCACGAGAGCGUCAGGGCGGAUUCUGCCCUACAGGCACGCUGCUUGGACCUUAGCAAGGCUUACAAGCAGGUUCCGGUGGCUCCGUCCUCGCACAAGAGGGCCGUCCUGGGCGUCAGAGCAAAUGAGGGUGCAUGGGAAUUUUAUGUAUGCCAGUCACUGCCGUUCGGGGCUUCAGCAAGCGUAUUUGAGUUCAACAAGAUCGCGAGAGCCCUGUGGUGGAUCCUGGUAGUGAGGUAUAACAUAGUGGUGGCAAAUUAUUUCGAUGACUAUCCCAUGCUGGCGUUCAGGGCGACGGCCACGAGUGUGGACAAGGCGGCCUCGUCGCUGCUUACCUUGCUGGGGUGGUCACACGCCCAAACGGGGAAGAAGGGGGCACCAUUCUCCCAGACAGCGGUGGUGCUGGGAGCUUCCUUCAACGUCAGUCUUCUAAAUGCCGGAAAGCUGACAGUGGAAAACAAGCCGGAGAGACUGGAGAGGAUAGUGAAACUGGUGAAGGAGUUCAAGCAGAGCGAGGGGCGGAAAUCGCUCGCUUCUUCGAUUCACGGACUUCUGAAUUAUGCUAGCGGUUUCGUGCUGGGGCUGGCCUUGAAAAUGUACACCAACGUUUUUGCAGGACUGGCGGCGGGAAAGUUAGCGCUGGAAGAGCAUGUGAACCGGCGGCUGGACGAGUUGCUGGAACUUCUCCCAAGGCAGUGUCCACGGUGCAUACAGAUCUCCACAGAUGAGCGGCCCUGCGUGAUUUACACAGAUGGGGCCUUUGAGGCUAGCUGCGCCACAUGGGGCUACGUUUUCCUGGAUCCUGCAAGCAACCACCGCGUGUGCAAGCAUGGGUGGGUCCCAAACCACUUGAGAGACUUUUGGCUCAGGACGGUGGGAGAACAGAUCAUCGCGCAGACCGAGAUGUAUGCAGUGGUUUGCGCACUCUGGGAUUUGCAGGAAAGGAUGAUGGACAGGCGUGUGCUGCUAUUUAUAGACAAUGAGUCGUGUCGCUUUGCGCUCAUCAAGCGAGCUUCGAGAUCCAGUGCUGUUUUAGACAUGCUGAAGGUCAUAGGGGAGCUGGAGGCGAGCGCAAAAGCGUUCGUGUGGUUUGAGCGAGUUGCGAGUUUCACGAAUCCGGCAGAUUGGCCCUCGAGGCUUGAUUCCGCUUCGUUGCCAGGAGAGUUGGGGGUGAAAGAUGGAGGAAGGCUUGACUUGCCGGAAGAAGUCUGGCGGAGGCUCACAAGGGAGCCCAGACUUGGCACUCCGCGUGGAAGCGGGGGUGGUGGCCGAGCGAAAGAAGAGGAGGCGCCACUAAGCUGUGAAACAGCCGAUUCAGUGGCACCAUGA